AUGUGCAUAGCGAAGCAGAACAUACAGAAGAUUCCAAAAACGUGGUCGUCGGGAUUCUGUCGCGUUUUUGCUUCUGAAAAUAUUUUUUCAUCCAACCAUUUUCAAUUCCUCAGAUAGCAUGUCUAAGCAUCGAAAAAUAGUACUAAUUUAUUAGGCAUCAAGUGUCGUGUUUAAUAGUAGAAUACUUAGAGCAAGCAUCAGUUUGUGCAAUCUUAAAUAUGGAAUAUAACGCAAUAAGGAAGAGACUACAGAAGAAAAUAUAUAAUAUAAAGUGCAACUGGAUCUAAAAUUAAAGCAGAGAAGAAAAGGUUCUCAUCCAUCUGAAGUGAAAAUAUGGUGAAAAAACUAGUGUGACAAAUUGUUAAAUUGUGCCAUAUCGCUAUGCUGUCCAGUUCGAAAUUUAGGCCACCGUUGUUGGAUAUAGCAAAAUGCAACUGCAAUACCAAUUGUGCUGGAAUUGAACAGUUAUCCUGAAUGAGGAAAAAUGAAGAGGUAACUUGAUUUUUGUGGUUAAAUUAUUAUUUGAGUUUUUGCGCUAUUGACCAAGUAUGGUGGAAGAGAAAAAAGAGUGUUUAAUUAGGUGAUUUUUUUUCUUUGGCUUGUAAUAUAUAACCGAACAAGAAGAAACACACAGUUCACAUGGAAGCAAAAAAAAACCUGCGCAUUGGAGGUCUCAACCAAAAACUUACAGAUACUGCGCGAAAGGCGAAUAAAACAACGAAUCCCUGCCAAGCUUACACAAUGCCGUAAAUAGUAAUGGAUGUGCCAAAAUCCAUUCAAUCACUGCUAAAACUGGAUAUCAUUUUCCAAGAAAGUAAAAACACAGCUGGUUGAAGGUGUGCCAUCCUAUUUUCGUAGAAAUCAAGGGGGCCGCCACAAAGAGCCCCAUAAAUUCACCAUCCAGUAGUAAUAUGGAGUUUUUAAGAGGCGUAUAUGCGUUUAUGCAAGUUAGCAGAUCGUCGGUGAAUCAUGUAAAAACAGAUUCUUCGAUUUUUCGACUUCACACCAAUGCGACUGUCAUACUGUUGGUGACUUUCUCGAUAGCAGUAACCACUCGACAAUACGUCGGAAAUCCAAUAGACUGCGUCCACACACGUGACAUCCCAGAGGACGUGUUAAACACAUACUGUUGGAUUCAUUCAACAUACACGGUAGUAGAUGCGUUCAUGAAAAAACAAGGACAAGAAGUGCCAUUUCCAGGAGUGGACAACUCACAGAGAAGCGGUGCAUUGACAAUUCGGCAUACAAAGUAUUACCAAUGGGUAGCGUUCACAUUAUUUUUUCAAGCAAUUUUGUUUUAUACACCACGAUGGCUUUGGAAAUCUUGGGAAGGAGGAAAGAUACACGCACUGAUGAUGGACCUUGAUAUUGGCAUAUGCUCAGAAAUCGAAAAGAAGCAAAAGAAAAAAUUACUUCUCGAUUAUUUGUGGGAUAACUUGAGGUAUCACAACUGGUGGGCUUACAGGUACUAUAUAUGUGAAUUAUUGUCACUGAUCAAUGUGAUAGGCCAAAUGUUUUUGAUGAACCGAUUUUUUGACGGUGAGUUCAUGACGUUUGGUUUAGACGUGAUAGCACAUAUGGAAGCAGAUCAAGAAGAUCGCAUGGAUCCAAUGAUUUACAUAUUUCCCAGAAUGACCAAAUGCACAUUCUACAAGUAUGGUGUCAGCGGAGAAGUCGAACGACAUGACGCUAUAUGCAUUCUUCCACUAAACGUUGUUAACGAAAAAAUUUACAUCUUUCUUUGGUUCUGGUUCAUUAUUCUUACGAUACUGACAACGUUAACAAUAUUUUACAGAAUAAUUAUAAUUUUUUCGCCUCGAAUGCGAGUGUAUUUAUUAAGGUUAAGGUUUAGGUUAGUUCGUCGAGACGCUAUAGAGAUUAUAGUAAGACGUUCGAAAAUGGGCGAUUGGUUUUUAUUAUAUAGAUUAGGUGAAAAUUUAGAUAGUAUUAUAUUUCGUGAUGUUAUGCAAGAUCUAGCAAAUCGUCUACAUAAUAAUCAACACCAUCGUGUACCUGGUAUGAAAGGUGAAAUACAGGAUGCAUGAUAUUGGCUACCUUAGAUUUUAUUUUGUUAUUACUCAGCUAUUACAUUGUAUGUUUUCAAAGUCAUUUUGAUUUCAAAUAUUUAUUUUUGUAAAGAAAACACCUAAUUAUAUUGUUUGUGUAAUUUAUUUAUUGGUGGUAGAUUCAUCGAACACGAUACAAAAGACUUUUAACGAAAUCAGAGCAACACAUUUAAACGAAACAAUGUUCGAUACGACUGCUGUAUAAACCAAAUAUCGCAACGAAUUGUUUGACACGAUAAACCACGUUAAGCAUUAAUAGUAAUCUAGUCAAAAAUGUGCCGACGAUAGAUAAAAUCGUGUACAGGGAAAAUCAAUUAUUUGUAUGACAAAAGUUUGUUUAUACAAUAAGAAACUCAAUAAACUACAACUGUAUCAAUUCAAUCAUAAACGAGAAUUAUAAACAAAUGAUAUGAAAAUCCUAAAAUAAAGGGAAAUGCAAAAUACAUUUAAAAAAUAAUGUAAUGCCCUCGAAAUAGAAAGUAGUCAAUUUAAAUGCAUAAGUGAUGCACUGCAGUUUCAAUGAAAAAUGGCCCACAUUGCUAAAAGAUUUUUGUGAAUCUAUUUCAUAAAAUAGAAAAAAAAAUGUAAUGUUAAAACACGCUUAUUGAUUUAUACCGUAGAUAUACAAUACUCAUCAAAAAUCCGUCAUCUUACAAAAUUAUUAUACCUAUUUCAAAUUCAAUUUCGAUUUUAUAUUUAACACAAUCUAGACGCCAACUAACCCAUAAAAAAGUCAUAUUUUUCUUCUAUUUCAUCACGAACAUUACCUGCUUAUUUGUUGACAUUAUGAUUGCCUUUCUGUGUGGAAAAAUCGGACCGCGCACUGGACUCAUAAUCCAAAAGUUGCCGGUUCAAAUCCCCAAGCGGACGCAAACAAAUUGUGUGUAUAAAUAUAGGUAUUCAGUGCCCUCUCCCGUUCCAUACUUUUGCACUUGGGAUACCCGAGAGGCGGAUUCUUGUCACAAAAAGAACGAUACACACCUGUGGGACUGUUGAUGAAACCGCUAGGUUUAUUAGGGCCACAUCAUAAGAUGUUAGCGUCGAUUCCGUUUUAUGAUUGAAAAUUCUUUGGUAGGGAAAAAAAUUAAGCAGGUAUUUCAGAUCAAAUUGAAUUCCAAGGUAUUUCUUGUUUUUUUUUCUUUCGACAUUAAAUGGCGUUGAAUGGCCAUGAAACAUGUAAAAAAAGUUUCUCAUUAGUUUCCAACAUAUGAUACAGGAAUAUAAUGUUAUAUAUGUUAAAGUCUAUCGCUUAGGGACCAACCAUAAACCAUGUGGACACAUUUUUGAAAUCUCAGACCCCCCUCCUCCCCUCCUCUUGGACUACUUCUAAAUACUAAACAAAUCUGUAUGGAGCGUGGACAAUCGUUCAAUCCCACCCCCUCCCCCAAAGGUGUCCGCGUGGUAUAUGGAUGGUCCCUUAUUGUUUUUUUUUAAUAAAAACUAUCAUAUUUUGUGGAUCAAUGGUACGAAAUAAUAAUUUCCUACAAAAUAGUAUCAAACUAUGAGAAAAGCCGGGUUGUAAAGUUCAAAAAUUUAAAUUGCAGGUUUAAUUACAUUAUCAAUAAAAUUUGUUGGAAAAAUUAUUAACAUAUAAUUUGAACCAUUGAUAUAAUUACAAUAUAUUCCAAUGUUCUAUUAAAAUCUUGCCGAGAAAUCUAUUUUUCAGUUUUCACAAAAAUAAAUACCAAAAAGAAAAAAAAAGGAAGAUUUGAAAAUUAUGAAAUUUUGCAUCAUUCUAAAGUAAAUGCCUUCUCAACUUUUGCAACUUAGUUUGUCAAGAUUCGUGAACGUAAAUAAAAAAACAUUGAAGC